UCCUUCCUCAUCUUUGGUAAUCUAGCUACAUAUAUAACCCACAACCCUUUGCCCUCUAGAAAGCUAACAAAACCUCUCUCUUAUUCUUAAGCAUGGAUAAACUUGUCUUCUACUUCCUAAUUCUCCUUAACACCAUCCAAUACGUCUAUGGUGCUGAUACCAAUAUCACCCCCCUUGACUUUGUCAAAACCUCAUGCAAAACCACCCGCAACCAGGCUCUCUGUGUCAACUCUCUCUCAAGUUACGCUGGUUCUAUCCAAGGAAGCGAUCAGCAGCUUGCUAAAGCAGCCAUUGCGGUUAGUCUGAACAAUGCCAAGUCAGCAGCUGCACUCGUUUCCAAACUGUCUGGAACCUCGAAACUAAAACCACAAGAGUACCAAGCACUGAAAGACUGUGUCAAUAGCAUGUCCAGCUGUAUUGCAAGUCUAACUCAGUCAGUUCAGGAGCUUGGAAAGAUGGGUCAGUUUAAGGGAAAGAAUUUUGAUUGGCACAUGAACAGUCUUCAAACAUGGGUCAGUUCUGCGCUUACAGAUCAAAACACUUGUGCUGGAGGGUUUUCUGAUAGAUCAAUGAAUGGAAAAGUGAAGGAUGCUCUUAACAAGAAGAUGAUUUCGGUUGCACAAGUCACUAGCAAUGCACUUGCUUUAGUAAAUGGGUUUGCGUUGAGGCAUAAAGCAGGUACCCAUAAACCUUAAGGGUUAUACAUUUCCGUGGAAAGAGGUUGGCCUUCUAGUAAUAUUAUAGUGUGCCACAAGGUUUUUUUUUUUUUUUUUUUUUUUUUUAUCCUUAAUAAGGAUUGUGUUUUUGACUGGUCUAUGUUGCUGGUUUCCUGUAAAACAUGUUACUUUUUGUGGCUGAGGUUAUGCCUUGCUCAGGUUUUUGUUGCCUUACGGCUAAUUUUAUAACAAAUUGUAGCUAAUUAAUGUAAUAAAGAUGGCACCUUA